CAAGUUUAUGUUUCCGCCAAAAUUACGCGCCAAGAGUGAUUGCACUUUUUUGUAGGGGUUUUCUAAUCUUUUUGCUGUUGUAAACACUAAUUCUAAGUACAAUCAUGAGUGGAAAUUAUAAUUUAACUGAAGGAGCUCUUCAGAACAUAAUGAGAGGAGGAGAUCCAACAGAUCCAAUUGUCCAAGUACUUGGAACCAAAAAAAUUCAAAACAGUUCUGAAAAGGAAAAGGAGCGUUACCGACUACUUUUGUCUGAUGGAAAAUUCACCAUUUCUUUUGCUAUGAUAUCUUUGCAACCUGGUGAAAGAUGCAUUCCUAAUUUUUCUGUUAUUGUUCUUAAACAAUAUAUUACAAGUGUUGUCAAUAAUGCAUCCAAAACUGAACAACGAAUUUUAUUGGUUUUGGAAUUUGAAAUUCUUCAUAGUGGCGAAACAGUUGGCAAAAAACUUGGCACUCCAACACAGUUAACUGAUGCAGACAGCAAACCAUCAUCAUCUUCAAAUGGAACAUUAACUGCUAAAACAAAUGGAAAUGCACCAUCAACUUAUAAGCCAAAUUCCUCUUCAAAUGUUUCUGUUUCUGAUGGUGUUAGCAUUGCUGGACAACUAGCACAUCCAAUCUCAAGCCUUAGCCCAUAUCAUAACAAGUGGGUUAUCAAAGUAAGAGUUGGAAACAAAUCAGCUAUUCGUACAUGGUCCAACUCAAAGGGAGAAGGCAAACUUUUCAGUUGCGAUUUUAUAGAUGAAAGUGGAGAAAUUCGUUGUACUGCCUUUCGAGAUUUGGUUGACAAGUUUUAUGAAAUGUUACAGAUUGAUAAAGUAUAUUAUGUAAGCAAAUGCCAGCUAAAACCUGCAAAUAAGCAAUUUAAUACAGUUAAAAAUGAGUAUGAAAUGACUAUGACAAAUGAAACAGUAAUCCAAGAGUGUUUGGAUGCAGAUCCAAAUAUUCCACAAACAAAAUAUGAUUUUACUCCAAUUGACAAACUUGCACAUAUUGAAGUUGGAACACUAAUUGAUGUCAUUGGGGUUUGUAAAAAUUCCUCAGAAUUGGUAACCUUUCAAGCCAAAACCACUGGAAGAGAAUUGAAGAAAAGAGAAGUCACUCUAAUUGAUCAAACCAGAUCUGCUAUUGCUUUAACCCUUUGGGGAAAUGACGCCGAGAGUUUUGAUGGCACCAACAAUCCAGUAGUUGUGAUAAAAUCUGCCAAACUCGGCGAAUUUGGUGGUGGAAAAAACCUUUCCACAAUCGCUUCAAGUCAAAUGAGGAUUAACCCUGAAUUGCAGGAAUGUUACAGAAUUAGAGGGUGGUAUGACUCUGAGGGAGUCAACAUUGAUGCCACCAAUAUUAGUGCCAGAUCAGAAAUGGGCAACUUCAACACACCAUGGAUGUGCUUCAAAGAUGUUCAGGACCAAAGUCUUGGUAAUGCUGAAAAGGGAGACUACUACCAAGUUAUGGGCACAAUAUUGUUAAUGCGUUCUGAAAAUUGCAUCUACAAAGCUUGUCCCUCUGAAAAAUGCAACAAAAAAAUUGUUGAUCUUGAAACUGGAAUGUAUAGGUGUGAAAAAUGUGGGACUGAAUAUCCAUCAUUCAAAUACCGAUUGCUGGCAAGUAUGAAUGUUGGAGAUUGGAGUGGCAAUCAGUGGGUCAGCAUGUUUAGUAAUGAAGCUGAAAAAGUGUUAGGCCUGACAGCACAGGAAGUUGGAGAACAAGUUGAUAACCAAUCCCAAACAAUGGCAAGUAUUGUGGAUAAAGCCAACUUUAAACAGUUUGUAUUGAAAUGCAGGGCAAAAAUGGAAACAUACAAUGAUGAAGCCCGCUUGAAAACAGUUGUUGUUAGGGUUGAUCCCAUUAACUAUGAGGAAUACAAUGCCCAUCUUAUUGAAAGGAUUCAGGCAUUGAUGUCAGCAUAAUAUUAAUACAAAAUAACUAUUAAGAAACAUGUUAAUUUUUUAUUUUAAUGUUUAGGUAGGAUUAAUACAUUUUGAGUUACUUAAUGUUGUUUUAUUUUUA